AUGCACGGCAUUGUUGUGCAAAUUGUUGUGGUCAUUUUAAUGACAGUGUUGCAGUUUGAAGUGGCUUCUACAUCCGAAGAUGCACCGAUAAUUGACACAGCAGCAGGCAAGGUUGUAGGCUCUCGAGCCAAAGUUCCCCUCACUACUUCAACAAACUACACAAGUUUCUUGGGAAUACCAUACGCAGAGCCGCCACUAGGAGCACUCCGCUUCGCCAAACCCAUCCCUAAGAAGCCAUGGGAGGGUGUUCGGGAUGCGUUAACCUACGGGGCAGAGUGUCCUCAGAAAACAUCCAACUCGUCUGAGACGACAGACGAGGACUGCCUGUUCUUGAACAUAUUUGUACCAGUUGACUCCGUGACUGAGUCAAGGCGACUUCCUGUCAUGGUGUGGUUCCAUGGGGGAAGUUUCACAUCAGGUUCAGGAUCCACAUACAAUGGUAUGAAGUUAGCAACACACGGAGAAGUUGUGGUGGUGAACUUGAACUAUCGACUAGGGCUAUUGGGGUUCCUUUGCACGGGUGACGAAGCCUCCCCUGGUAACUAUGGUUUCUGGGACCAGAGACUGGCAGUGCAAUGGGUGAAAACAAACAUAUGGAACUUUGGCGGCGACCCGGAACAGAUCACCAUCUUCGGUGAGUCCGCAGGAGGAAUGAGUGUUUCGUUCCAUGCAUUGUCGCCAGUGAACGACCGGAGUUUGUUCCAGAGGGUCAUCGCUGGGAGCGGUGCUGCCGACGAUUCCUUACUUAUGGCCAGCGAAACCUGUCGUGCAACGGCCGGUGCCAUCGGUGGGGCGGUCGGUUGCGACAACACCACCGACUCCACCCGCUCUCUUAUAGACUGCCUCCGCAAGGUUCCCCAACAGACAUUCAUCACUCUCCAGUCCCAGCCAUCAGUGAUUGGGCAUACACCCAUCGGCCCAACUCUGGAUGGUGAAUUCAUUACAGAUCGUAUAAGUAACCUUAUACAAUCACCCAACAUUGCCCAGUAUGAUCUCCUGACAGGUGUUAACAGUGACGACGGUUCGUACUUCGGCAUAGAUCCAGAUGGUGUGGAUGGCCAACUCUUCACGUCCCAAACCACCGCCUUCUUAGAUGAUGGAUACCCAAAAAAGCUUGAUGGUAAUGGCGGGAGACUCCGUCUUCUUCGCCCCGACCAUCAACAACUUACGCCAUCACUUUGA